AUGAUGAACACACGAGCGAAGACCAGUCGGAACACGACCCCCACCGCUGAAGGGAGAGCCGUCGAAACUCGCGAGAGAGCAGGCACAACGAACAACUCGCCGGCAGAGUCAGCAUCGACAGCAACAACCGACGCCACCAGAUCCACGGAGGCCACCGGCACCACGGGCACGUCCGGCACCACGGGCACGUCCGGCACCACGGGCACGUCCGGCACCACGGGCACGUCCGGCACCACGGGCACGUCCGGCACCACGGGCACGUCCGGUACCACGGGCACGUCCGGGGCAACGGGAACCUCAAGAACGUCAAGAAACUCAGCCAAGUCGACUGCCAAACUCGACGAGCCGGCCAGCAAGCAAAGUACCAGCAACAAGCCAAUGGAGAGAGAGAUGACUGCACCGACCCAUCACGAGAAGAGGGCCGGGUCAGAGCACACUGUGGUACCUCGAAGGAGGCCAACGUCGCACGCCUCGACAUCGAAGACAAUAAGAAGAAGGAAGGAAAUCGAACAGAUGAUCGAGAUCAAGCGACAAGAAGCGAAGAAGGCGCAAGCUGAACAGGAGCUAGCCAAGAUGAGGCUGGAGCUGAUUCACCUGGAAUCCGAGACAGAUCUGAGCGACCUGGAGGAGGACAACGACGAGCCUCAUGGCCAGGCCGGACGAUCGAGCCAUAUUGACAAAUGGGUCGAGGAAUCAACAGCGAAGCGCUUCACUUCACUUCCAACAUCACACGUGGAAGCUCACACAUCGGCAAGACGACACGAGGGGGAGCGACUGGAGUACGGAAGAUACUGUGAACAGGCACCCCACAUGUCAGAACCGCCACGUCUCUACAACGGCAAACCUACGGCGCCACACACACGCGCCACCCCAUAUGAUGGACAAGUUCAUCAUCAUCAGCCGCCGCCGAUCGCACCCCGGUACAUGAGUGAGCUGCAUACAUUCACCGGGGAGCCGAGCGACUGGAUCGCAUUCAGAGCGACAUACAGAGAUACAGAGAUGUACUUCAGCGAGAUCGAGAACAUCGCGAGGCUCAGAAAAGCCAUACAAGGAAAAGCUAAAGAAGCAGUACGUUCGAUGUUAUUCAACGAUACAAAUCCGAAGCUUAUCAUCGACACAUUACAACGAAGAUUCGGUCAACCACUAAGACUGAUAAGAAGCGAACUAGAAAUCAUCGAGAAAAUGAAGCCGCUGUCUGACGACGCUCGCAACCUCGCUCACUUCGCCGGGGUCGUAGCCAACGUGGUGAACACCAUUCAACUUACGAAGCGCACACACAUGCUACACUCUGAAGACAUAUAUGAGAAGAUAUUAUCGAAGAUGAGCAUCAUGAUCAGAUUCAAGUGGUUUGAAUAUAAAGCCGCAGAAGAAGCACGAGAAUGGCCAGUAUUACUCGCGCUCACGUCUUUCCUGAACCGGACCGCCGAUCAAUUCGAAGCCUGCGAGUUCGAGAGCCGACCAUACAUCAAGAAGGAGAGAGAACCACUGCGCAACCGCAUGAAGAACAAAGUGCACAUGACAAGAGCGGACAACUAUGAAGAAGAAAUAAGCGACAGCAGUGCCGAGUCCGAGAACGAGUCGAUCAUCGACGACGAUGAAGAAUACCACCAAGUUAUGUUGACCUCUCGGAAGGACAAUCAAGAGUGCCCAGUCUGCAGUGACAAACACGCUCUGAAAUCAUGCAAGAAAUUUAUGAAGCUACCACUGGAAGAAAAAUGGGAGGUUGCCGAGAAGGCAUACGUGUGUUUUCGAUGCCUGAGCUCCACACACCGGGGUUUCAACUGCCGCGCGAAACCAUGUGGAAAAAACGGGUGCAGAGGAUCACAUCACAGGCUUCUCCACCGAGACAAGGAAGGCGAGAAGGAGUCGACCGAGCCUAAAGACACACAACCCACGAAUACACCACAGCAAGCUAAAGACAAGCAGACGCACUCAGUGAACACCCUGUGCACCAUGAAAGGAUACCUGAAGAUAGUGCCGCUGAAGUUAUACGGCCCGAAGAAUACUACUGAAGUCUACGCCCUGCUGGAUGAAGGAGCCACCAUCACACUCAUAGAGGAAGAAGUGGCCGACUGCAUCGGAGCCACCGGUCCAAAGGAAGGUCUAUGCAUAGAAGGCAUCGGCGGACAUCGAAUGAACGAGCCCGACUCAAGGCGACUGAAACUGAAGAUUCAAGGAAGAUACGCACGAAACAUUGAAAAAAUGAAUGCCUACACGAUUUCGAAGCUGAGCAUUUCGUCACAAAUGGUGCCACACACACUAAUAGAAGACUGUCCGCACCUGUCCGACAUCGCCGACGUGAUUACCUACGACAACGUGCGGCCGAGAAUAGUGAUUGGACAAGACAACUGGCAUCUAAUCAUAUCACAAGACGUGAAAUCCGGAGACCGAAACAAACCUGUAGCCUCACUCACAAGACUAGGCUGGACAUUACAUGGUUGUGCAACAUUCAGCACAAGACCAGUGAUAGCCGUGAACCACAUACGAACAACUCGCGAAGACAAGAUGGACGAGCUAAUCAAACAUCACUUCAGCAUCGAGUCUCUAGGCGUAACUCCCAAAACGCCUUCAAAUGACCCCGAGAAGAAAGCCAACGAGAUACUGGAAGCAACAUGCCGACGACUACCCGAAGGCCGACUCGAAGCAGGUCUAUUAUGGAGAACUCCGAAUGAAACUAUGCCAAACAACCGCGAAAAUGCAAUGAAGCGACUAAUCGGUAUAGAAAAACGACUGAAGAAAGAUGAAAAGCUGAAAUGCGAGUAUGAGAAGCAAAUAAGAAACUUACUCGACAGUGACUACGCUGAACCAGUACCUGGACCGUCUACAUCACCGAGAACCUGGUACUUACCUCAUUUCGCCGUCGUGCAUCCACAGAAAGGGAAGGUUCGCCUGGUGUUCGACGCAGCCGCAAGAAGUAGCGGAAAAUGUCUAAAUGACGCGCUACUGACUGGACCCGACCUACUGCAAUCAUUAUUCGGAGUACUACUGCGAUUCAGAGAGGGACCGAUAGCAGUCGUGAGUGACAUCAAGGAAAUGUUCCUCCGCAUUCAAGUGUGCGAGCAAGACAGAGAUAGUCUCAGAUUCCUGUGGAGAGAAAAGGACAGCGAGAAGCCGAAAGAAUAUCGAAUGAAAUCACUCAUAUUCGGCGCAGCAUCGUCACCGUGCACCGCAAUAUAUGCAAAAAAUCGCAACGCAGCCGACUUCAAAGAAAAAUACCCGGAAGCGGUACAAGCCAUAGAACGCAACCACUACAUGGACGACUACCUACAAAGUUUUCAGUCUGAAGAAACCGCGAAACGUGUCAUCUCAGAAGUCGACUACAUACACAAACAAGGCGGAUUUCUACUCAGAGGAUGGGCUAGCAACAGGCCACAGAUAUUAGAACAGUUCCCCGAAGACGUGCGAAACAACGGUUUUAUCGACCUGGGAAAAGAUAGCGAACAAGUCGAGAAAACACUGGGACUCCGAUGGAACGUGUCUUCAGAUCAACUCAACUUCACGCUGAACCUGCGAAACACACCGUCUGACGCCAUAGAGGGCACGAGACCGCCAACGAAACGCGAGGCAACAAGCGCAGUAAUGUCCGUGUUCGACCCGCUCGGGCUGGCCUCGCCGAUAACUGUACAAGGAAGAGCUAUGCUACAAGAUCUAACUGAAGGCGAAAUUCACGUAUUCUGCGACGCGAGUGAAAAGGCAUAUGCAACAGCAAUAUACUGGCGAGCAAUACACCCCGAUGGCCACGUCGAAGUAAAGCUGUUGUCAGGAAAGUCACGGGUGGCACCACUCAAGCCCGUGUCUAUCCCACGCUUAGAACUGCAAGCCGCACUACUGGGCUGCCGCCUAGCCGCCACAGUAACAAAGGAAACGGACUUAACAAUAAACAAGUCUACCUACUGGACCGACUCGAGAACUGUCCUCGCAUGGAUAAAGUCGGACCCGAGAACAUUCAAGCCCUUCGUCGCACACCGACUAGCCGAAAUUGAAGAUCACACGAAGCCGACUCAGUGGAGAUGGAUACCUACUGCUCAGAAUGUCGCAGACGACGCUACACGAAACGCGCCCUCUCACUUCGACAUACAACACAGAUGGUUCACAGGCCCAUCGUUCCUCUACUGUGACGAAUCAGAAUGGCCAGAAGACAAGAGCUCUCCCAACAUACCUACUACAGGUGAAGAAAAACCAAACUGCGCCCUGCACGUCAUCAACACUGAAGAACAGCUCAUCAAACCUGAAAAGUUUUCAAAAUUCACGCGACUGCUACGAGCGACCGCCCGCGUGUUUCAAGCCGUCGACAUAUUCAAGAAACUAAUUAAAUCAAGAAAAAAUCAAAUUCAAGUAACUAAGAAAAUUACACAAGAUACCACUUGGCGUAUCAAGAAGACUGCCAAAGCCAUCCCGCGCAAAAUUGUUCCUACUCAACAACGAAGCACAAUAAAUUACGUGAUACUUACGCAAGAAUACCUAAACAAAGCUGAAAAAUACCUAAUCCGCAAGAUACAAGACGACUGCUUCAAGAGCGAAAAACAUCACCUGAAAAAUAACACCAAAAUACCUAAAAGCUCAAAACUGAAAAACCUGACGCUCACGCUGAAAACUGAAGACGACAUAAUAUACCUAUCAACGAGAGUCGGCGCCGCUCCAUACCUACCUCACGACUACAAGAACCCCGCCGUGCUCGAUGGAAGUCACUACGUCACGCUCCUACUCAUCGAGGAGAAACACCGACAACUUCACCAUGGCAACCAUCAAACAGUCAUGAAUGAGAUAAGACAACGAUACUACGUGACGAAAUUACGUAACUCCGUGAAGAAGAUAACAAGAGAAUGCCUAACGUGCAAAAUACGCCGACAGAAACCACAGAGUGCUCCCCUGGGCGACCUACCUAAAGAAAGACUAAAUAGGUAUCAACGGCCCUUCACAUGUACCGCCGUGGACUACUUUGGCCCAAUGACUGUGACAGUUGGAAGACGUCAUGAAAAACGCUGGGGUGCAUUAUUCACAUGCCUGACUACGCGCGCAAUCCAUCUAGAGUUGGCCAACUCACUCUCAACCGACUCUAUGAUACUGGCGCUGAGGCGAAUGGCUGCCCGCAGAUCAACCCCUGCAACAAUAUACAGCGACAACGGAACUAACUUUGUGGGCGCGAACAAAGAACUUCAAGAACAGCUGAAAAGUCUAUCACAAACAGACUUAGUACGAGAAACUGAAAACUACGGAAUCACGUGGAAAUUCAUCCCUCCCGGGGCCCCACACAUGGGCGGAGCCUGGGAACGCCUCGUACGCUCCGUGAAGACAGCACUAGCAGCAACUCUGAAUGAAAGUUCGCCCAAAGAAGAGGUGCUUCACACACUACUCCUGGAAGUCGAACAUGUGGUAAACUCAAGGCCACUCACUGAAAUAAGUCUAGACCCAGACGCAGAGGAAGCACUAACACCUAACCACUUUCUGAUUGGAAAAUCAUGUGGUCUGCCGACACUGGGAACAUUUCACAAUAGUUCUCUUGUUGGUACUGCGACGUGGAAGACCUGCCAACUCCUAGCGGAUCACUUCUGGGCACGAUGGACGAAGGAGUACCUACCUACACUGCUGCCACGCCGCCACCCAGGCCGACCUUACACUAACCCAAAGGUCGGUGACAUCGUACUAAUCGUGGACUCUUCACUACCACGUGGUACGUGGCCUAGAGGCGAGAUCGUCGCGACACACCCUGGACCAGACGGCACAGUAAGAAUCGUCGACGUGAGAACCAAGCACGGCAUCCUGCGAAGACCUGCAACGAGGCUGAUCAUCCUGACGACUACAGCACCACCCGAUAUGACUUCAGCAUCCUGCCGCCAGAACCUGGAACCGGUUACUACGUAA